GGUGAAGGAAGCCCGCUUACCCACGACAGGGUCUCCGACUUCCAUCUCCAUUACCCUAAGGGAUGACAAGACCCAGCGCUUCUUCGAUCAGAUGGUCACCGACCUCCCCUUCUUCCUCACUCUCGAGCCGACUGAUCGUUCCCCGAUGUCUCGUCGCCACCGCUCCUCUGCACAUUUCGAUGUGAUGGAGAUGGGGUACGACUUCAUUCUCGGCACUCCAUGGUCUCGUCGGUUCCGCAGCACCGAGGCCGAUUGGGCGACCAACACUUUCGUUCUCAAAAUGAAGUGUGGACAGACGUAUCGCGUACCUUUCAUAGGUACCACGGCGACACCACGCCCCGAUCCUCCUCCCCCGGAGCCUUCAGUGCCCACACUAUCUCCCUCUAUCACUGUCACCUCGCCUCGGCAGUUCGCUCACUUCAUUCGACAGGACGACGUCACCUUCUCUAUGGUAGAUGUGACGGAUCUCUUACACUACGAUCCACCCUGUCCCGACGCCGAGCUUAUCCCUCUGGAGCCACAUCCUCCCUCUAUCUCCAUGGCUCCCAUCUCUACUUCCGUCCCUCCGUCGUCCGUCGAGUCCACCCCGCCGUCRCGCGCUGACGCUGACGCUGAGGAACUCGCACGAUAUACGGCUGACUUGGAGCCCGCAGUUCGUGAUCUCAUCCGAGAGUACCACGACGUUUUCCCAUCGUCGUUUUUGUACGCCGGCAUCUUAUCGAUGCAUGACGUCGAGCACUCCAUUCAGCUCGUGCCAGACUAUCGUGUUCACCACCAGGCACCCUACAGACUCUCGAUCCCCGAGGCCACCGAACUCAAGCGUCAGCUUGAGGAGCUCCUGAGACUGGGUUUCAUUAAACCCAGGAACUCCCCGUGGGGUGCACCCGUCCUCUUUGCUCGCAAAGCGGAUGUAACUCUUCGUCUCUACAUCGACUACCGCGGUCUCAACCGCUACACGGUUAAGAACAGUUACCCCAUGCCUCGUUCCGAUGAGUUGUUCGACCGCCUAGCAGGCAACCGCUUCUUUACAAAGAUUGAUCUUCGUAGCGGUUACCAUCAGAUCCGCGUCGCUGCAGCCGACCAGCCGAAUACCGUGUUCCGAUCGCGAUUUGGCCACUACGAGUUUACGGUGAUGCCAUUCGGCCUCACCAACGCACCCGCUACCUUCCAGAGGGCGAUGAAUGACAUCUUCAGGGACAUCCUGGAGCAGUACGUUCUUGUCUACCUCGACGAUAUCCUAGUCUAUAGUCGUACCCUUGAGGAGAACCUCAGACACCUCCGCGACGUCCUUGACCGUUUGCGCAGACAUGGCUUCUACGCCAAGCUAAGCAAGUGCGGCUUUGCCCAGCACAAAGUGGAUUUCUUAGGACACUACGUGUCUGACCAGGGGUCCACGGGCACUUCCAGUUCAAUGGGUUCUAGAAAGUCUACAAGUCAAACGGCGGGCUCGCAGUUCAGCCCGUUGACCCCACGUGAGAGGGAGAUUAAAGAGCUCCAACAGGUCGAAAGGAUCCGUGAACAGUUAGAGAGGGAUGUGAAGGAAGCUACCGACAGAGAAAGGGAGAUUAAAAAAAGAACAGCCAGGCUUGAAACUCUAGAGGCUGACAAAGCUGAGUUGGAGGGCUUAGAUGGUUCAGGAAUGAAUGAGCCCAUGAAAGUGUUGAGGAAGAACAUGUUGUCACUGCAUGCAUACGUGGACAAUAGGUUGGACUUCAUGCAGAGCACUAUGGACCAGAUCCUCGACGUUUUGACAAGGCUAGGAUUCAGGCCACCAGCACAAUCGCCGUUGCCGUUAUCGGCGAUGUCAGGCCCCUUUCCAGUUCAAGCUGGUACACAGCCAAGUGGUACGUCUCCAACAGCCUCACAGACUGUUGCAUCUUCUUCUUCGAGUCCAACAAUGAUUGCUACAUCACCGCAACAACCUGUUCCACCACAGGGACAGCAGCAAGGUCAAUGGUAUCCUAAGACCCCGAUGAAACCGCCUCUUGCCUUCUCAGGCGAGAGAAAGGACGAGGAACUCAACACAUGGUUGAGAACGGUCCCGGUUUGGGUGAAGGCAAAGAGGACCUUGCCUGAGGACGAAGUGGUAACUGCUGCAUCCUACCUUGAGGGUAAGGCAACCAAGUGGCUAGAUGGAGUAGUUGUAAGGGUCGGGUACGGGCGACGCAUGGCGGACUGGGCUAAGUCUCUGACGUUAGACCAGUUCAUGGAAAUGGUAGAAGCUCGAUGGCAUAAUCCACAGGAGUCACAAAAGGCCACUGAUGCCAUUAACAAACUAGACCAACAGAAGUUCAGAGCAGACUACCUGGGUGCGCUAGUUCCUGACUUUGGCAUAUCUGAAGAAGUAACUCGAUCAUUGGUGGGAACCUAUCACGAAGACCCUGUCACGAUGGACAUCAUUCGCAAGCUUCAGGAAAAAGACAAGGCCACGGAAAGUGACCUUCAACUGCUGACAAAGUUUGAGAGGAAAGGAAAUGACAUAUUGGAUGGUGGUUGUGAAUGGAAGUUGAUUAUCCACCUGCAUCCUACUAAGCCAUGGGCCAUAUUUACACCUGACCAAAAGUCAGUGCAAGUGUGGAGCUGUGAGGAUGGAACACAGGUUGACUCUUGGGUAAUCCCUUAUGUGACAGAUGCUUGGGAAGUUGCAUUUACUGGACAGAAAGACUGGAUUCUGGUGAAGCGAGAUAAGAGCCUUGAGGUGUAUGAAAGGCAAGGGUCCAACGUGCGGUGUAUAAAGGUGCUAACCACAGAAACUGGUGAAAAGCAAACCUAUCGAAUGGCAAUCCAUCCGACCUUGCCUUGUUUAUUGGCGAGUUUUGGAGGUCAGAAAAAUAUUUAUAUGUGGCGGUGGCACCCUGAAUGGGAGAAGGUAACAUUUGGAGGAUAUUCCACUGAGGUAUUUCGAGUGGUGUUUCAUCCGACGGAGCCACAGAUCCUUGCAGGCGCGGAUGAUAAUGAAAUCAAAGUAUGGAACAUGGAGAAAAGGUGUGUUAUCCAAACCCUGAAGGAUAGCGGCGAGGGGUGGGUGUUUCGUCUGGGAUUUGGCACUGGGCUCCAAAAGUCUCUUCUGAUCUCAUCCCGCCUUUACGAAGGGAGUGUCCGGGUCUGGGACUACGAGAGAGGGGUCUGCAUACUGAAAUGGGAAGCGCACAAGCAACCAGUAGUAUCAGCCUUUUUUCAUCCACGCUUGCCAUACAUAUUCACUGCAGCAAGCGAUGGAGAAAUAAAAGUCUGGAGCAACUCACACUUAGUCCACCGGCUAGUCCUAUCCUACAAUUGUCCAUGGAAUGGGGAGGUUCGGCGGAUGCAUCCAUGCGAGAAGUCUAACUUGCUUGUUCUUAGCGGUAAGGGCGAGUUCCGUGUACUUCAAGUAACUUGUACUCUGAUGGGGUUAACGGAGAAGAUUGAGCAAGUGUUUGAAGAAUUGGAAGCAGAGCGUCAGGGAGUCCAGAAGCUGGAGAAAGAGUUAAGACAAAAGAUUCAGGAGGUGGAAAAGAAAAUGGCAGGAGAGGCUAAGUUGAAGGCACAUCUUGCAGAUAGGAUCUCUCAACUGUGUCAGCUUGUGUCUGAAAGAGAAAGACAAGCACAGAAAGACGCGACGUCCAGAGCAGAUUUGGAGCAAAGAAUCUCUAAGCUGGAGUCUGAGAGAGAGAGACUGGCCAAGAAAGUUCAGGAAAUUGAGAAAAGAUUGCAAGAAGAUGUUGGUGAUGUGGAGACAAUUUGCAUUCCUUUGCUCCAAGAGUUUUCAAGCGAGGAAAUCCAGGUUGCUACAGAAAAUCUUGUUGUGAAGUGGAAGUUUGAACAGGGGGAUCAGCAUGAAGAUGUAUAUCGGGGAAAACUGAGCGAUGGCACUCUUGUUAUGGUGAAGAAGAUGAGAGAUGCAAGUAUGCAAGCGAUUUCUCACGACACGUUGAAGUCAAAGGUCGUCGAUAGGUUGAGAUUGCUUCGGCAUCCCCAUGUCUUGACCCUGCUAGGAGUCUGCUACGAAGAGAGUUGUCUGGUUUACGAGUAUAUGGCACGUGGAACUGUGAAAGAUUGGAUCUCAUGUACAAGACAAAGCGCAUGGUAUGCCCGCUUCCGCGUAAUGGCAGAGGUUGCUAGAGGACUGUGCUUCCUCCAUUCCGAUCCGCUGGGCACUGGUGGUCCCAUCAUCCACUCUGCCAUCACAUCAACAACCAUCUUUCUGGAUGACAACUUUGUUGCAAGGAUUGGUUAUGUUGAUCGCGCGCUGCUCGAUUCAGAACCUGCCCAAGGAGCGGAGAAGAGAGAGGCGGUCUCUCAACUGUUCAACAAACAUAACUCCCACUAUGUUGCUCCAGAGUACUGGCAUUCCCAAGCUUUCAAUGAGAAGACAGAUGUCUUUGCCUUCGGCAUCACUCUUCUGGAGAUGCUCACUGGAAAUUUCUCAAAUGCAUUCGAAGUUAUUGAGGAAGCUAUUGAAGAUGAUAAUGCCUUUCAGAAUGCUCUGGAUCGCAAUGCAGGAGGGGUGUGGCCUGCCAAGGCCGCAGCCUGUGACGAGCUCCUCAUCAUGAUUGUUCUAUUUAUAGCCGCGGAAUUUUUUAUAUGCGCGUUCUUGCUCUGCUUUGCUUCGAACGACUUGAAUAGCGUCUUUGCGACUGUUGCCGGGUUCCUUGUUCUCCUGUUUUACCUGCUGCUUGCCACAGCCAUCUUCGGCCUCGUGGUGUCCGCCGGGAGUGGUGGAGGGAAGGAGGUGGUCGGCAAGGGGCACAGCCUGAGGGAGUUCAGGCUCGAGAAUUACUCCUCCUGGAUGCGGCACAGAGUGAAAGACAAGGGUGUAUGGACGCGAAUCAAGCGGUGCCUCAUGGAGAGGGAGGAGUGCCAGAAACUGUCCCUGCAGAAGCCUGAUCCCAUAACCGGGAUCAUCAAGUUCAAUGGACUUCAAUCGGGGUGCUGUAAGCCGCCCGAUUCCUGCGGCUUCGCCGUGAUCAACGCCUCCGCAUCGCUUUACGAAAAACCCGCCAGUGCCAGUGCUGCUCCUUCCUCCUUACCUUCAGCGAUCUUCACAGAACCGGAUUGCUUGCUGUUCAGCGAUGGCGACGAGAAGUGUUUCGACUGCGAUUCCUGUCGAGCUGCGUUUCUGGACAGUCUAAGGAGGAGCUGGCGAAUGAUGUCAAUCAUCAACAUCGUGAUUGCUGCGUGGAUAUGCUGUUGUAGAGGGGGACACGGGGAGGAGCGUUAGUGGGUGGAUGAAGAUCAUCCCUUGGGCUUCAGACUCAAUCAUUAGACUCUUGAAGAUCAGCACAACAACAACUGGGACAGCGGAGGUGUCUUUCCGACUCUACGAAUAGGACUUAACCUUAUCUUGAGCAAUGAACUCAGCGCUCUGUG